UGCAAAUUCAAAGCGGCCAGUGUAGACAGCUGGCAAGUUUUUCCGCAAAAGCGGCCACUUUUAUGGAAAAACUUGCCAGUCUAGACGCAGCCGAAGUGUAGAGGGAACCCAAGAUUAAAGCAGAGGGGCUGUGGGUCAGACUGGCUUAGCUGUAGUGGGCAGCUCAGGACUGCACCCGCCAGAGUUCUGUGGGUCAGGACUGGGGACAUGGCAGAGUUAGGGGGAGGGUGGGGAAAAUGAAUGAGAGAAACCAUCCAGCCUGGAGUAAGUGCUCUAGGCAGGGAUGGCAGGGUUUCAAGAGUCUGGUGGGAGGCUCGCUGUGGGGUGCGCAGCUGCUCGAUCCGGAGGGUGACUCAGGAGCAGCAUCUGAACUCAGCAGAAAUGCAGCAUUGGAGGGUCUGCAGGCUGUGUGUGUCUGUCCUGGGACUGCCGCUGUCGCUCCCCUGCAGCCUGAGCUGAGGAGCUGGUGACCUUCACCCAGCCCUCUAAAGAGGAUGUUCCUUGGGCUCUGAGGAAGAGCAGAGACUGGGGGUUGGCAGCUGCAAGGGAAGAAAACAGGGUGGCUCCAAGUCUGAAAAGGAGCCAGGUAGAGACCUGUGCAACCCACAGCCAGCUCCUCUCUGGGGAGACAGGCAGGCUCCAAUGAGGCAAAGCAAGGGCAGGGGGCUUGACUUGAUGGCUACAACACGUUGGCCUCUAAGACACAGACACCUAAAGUUAGGCUCCUAAAUCCAAGUUUAGGUGCCAAAUUUAAUGGCUUGAUUGCUCGAGGGAAUCCCAGGACCACUUCCAGCAGCUCCCCUGCAUAGCGGAGGGGCAGAGGAAUUGCUACGUGCCUCAGGCCAGGGUCCAGCUGCUCUAAUGUUGGGUCCCAGCACCAGCUGCUCCAGAGGUUGCAAUAAACCCCCCAGGAGGGCAGGUUAGAGAAGAAACUUCCUGUUAGGUUAUGCCUGAGGGGGAGGCUACCCCAGUGGGGGACUAUUGACAGCAGCACAUGGGUUUGGGACAGGACCUCCUGGACUUGGGCUCUUUGUGGCUGAGGAUGGAGAGCAGGGUGCAGUCCAUGGGAAGUGGGUGCCCUGCUGUUUCCCAAAUCACUAGGACAAGUGGCAAGUUGGGGCCUGGAUCGUCGCUCCUUUACUGGAAGAGAGGGGGAGGAGCGGGAGUGGUUCAGUGGGGUGGCGCCCGCUGGGGCCUGAGCCAGCCCCGCUACAGGGGUGUCUGACUCGCGUGGAGCGGCUGGGUGCAGCCUGGCCACUUGCUCCUUUCUAACGUGGCCAGUUCCCUUUAAUCACGACAGGUCAAAACGCAGCUGCAAGCCCAGACAGUGGCAGCCGUGGCUGUGGGGCAUCAGCACAACCACCAGGGUGUCUCCAGUGCCUUUGAGACCAUCUACCGGACGCAGGGGCUUGUGGGCCUGUGGCGAGGGGUGAGCGGUGCCGUACCCCGCGUCAUGGUGGGCUCUGCGGCGCAGUUGGCCACCUUCGCAUCAGCCAAGGAGUGGGUCGAGGAGCUCCAGUGGUUCAAGGAGGGCAGCUGGAUAGUGGCCUUGGCAGGAGGCAUGAUCAGCAGCGUGGCGGUGGCCGUGGCGAUGACGCCCUUUGACGUGGUCAGCACCAGGCUCUAUAACCAGCCCGUGGACGAGCGGGGCACGGGCAAGCACUACCGAGGGCUCCUCGACUGCUUUGUGCAGAUCUUCAGGAAAGAGGGCAUCCUGGCUCUGUACAAAGGGAUCGGUCCUGCCUACCUGCGCCUGGGACCUCACACCAUCCUCAGCCUGCUCUUCUGGGACGAACUCAGGAAGCUCACCUACCGCCACCAGCAGCAUGGAGUUUAAGCCCCUGCAGCCGUGUGGCAAAUCUGCCCCGAAACCCCCCAUCUGGGAACUCUGGUGCCCCCGGGCUAGCGGGGAGCUCCCAGGGGGCGGGGGGUGGGGAACCGGAGAUUUGGCAGCCUGGGAGACCAGGAAGUCAGCUCAGGGCUUUCGGGCUGGGGAAUCACGCCAGAGCUGUGGGGCUUGGGGAGGGAGGAGCAGCGUGUCCCAGCUCUGACACGACUCCCUUCUGGGACCUUGGACAAGCCCAUAGCACUGCCCUGUGCCGUGGUCUCCCCACCUGAAACAGGGAUCAGCCUGGCUGCUCCGCAGGCGGUUGUGAGGGUUACAUGGCGCUUUGCAAAGUGCACGGAUGCGAGGGGCCAGACGAUACGUGUGCCAGGUGGAUUCUUACCCAGCACGCUUGGCCUCCGAAGGACGUGGAGGAGCCGGGGCUGUUUCCAGGCCUUGUCUGUGGAGGGGUUUCCCUGCUGCAAGCCUUGGCCGCCUUCCCUGAGGGAUUCGUAUUUAACCCAUCGCGCCAGGAGCUGCCACAGGGAAGGAUGAACUUGUGGCCACUACAGAGAUUUCAGUCUGGAGGCAAACCCUGCAGCAGAGUCAGAGCGCUCUGUCCUACGGGCAGGUACCGGCAACACCUGCUCCCAGCGGGACCCUGCCUGCCCCAG